AUGUCAUCAUCAACGUUCAUCCAACGUUGGACAUCCGUGAACGAUUUGACGACGACGAAUAGUAACAAUAACAAACAGUCAACCCCUUUUUUUCUGCGACCCCAAUCUAUACCAUCAUCUUCACCAUUAUUAUCAACUUUACAAUUUUCACAAUCAUCGAUCUCACUAGUCGAAUCAACACCAAUUCAUUUAGAAAUUCAAUGUCAACUCUUUAAAAAUCGGGUAAUUUCAUCUCGGGUUGCUAAUAUAAUUCGUCAAUUUGAAUCUCAAGCUGCUUCGUCAAUGAAUACUCGCACAAAAGUAUCUUCUCCAAUUCGUAGUGUCUUUGUUAAACAAUGGGAAGGUACACGAAAAAAUGGAAAUUCUCCACGAACUCCACCAAUUGUCGUCGUUGAAACUUCUUCUCCUAUUCCAUUUACUUCAAAAAAAUAUAAUAACAAUAAUAAUAAUAAUAAUAAUAAACCUCAACCAAUUAUUAUCUGUGAAAAGAUAGCUAAUCAUAAUAGACCUACUCCACCACCUGUUAGUCCAAAAAUUCCUUUAACAAAAACAUGGUCUCAACUCAAACAAAUGUCUCAACAACAACAACAACAACAGGGAGAAAAUAUCGAAAGUGAUACUGAUUCUGUGGUACAUAGAAUGGUUGCUGUGAUUAAUAAUGGUAAUAAGGAUUCUGUAACAUUGUCACGUUCAAGUACAAGUGCAACAACAGAUUCAACUUGUUCAUCUUCAUGUUCAUCAUCAUCGAAUGCUCCAUCACCUCCUGGUUUUGCUCGUCCAACAAUAGCUUCAACUCAAAAACAGCGUCAAUUUAUUUCUAAUACAACUACUUUUAAACGAGCCAAUUCUCCUUUUCCACCAGUUACUACAUUUACUCGUACAGUUUUGUCAACGCCAUCAGCUAUUGCACCAUUAUGUUCAAUCAAUGAAGAUCUUGAACAACAACAAACACAAACAUCUACAUUAACAAAUCGUUUUUGUUCAUCUGAAGUUAAUUUAGUUGAUCAAUAUCGUCAAUUAUCAACUCCUGAAAUAAUUCUAUCAGAAACAAGUUUAUCACAAAAUUCAAUAAAAGAAAUCAUAACUAUAAAUACAAAUCUACCAUUAAAAUAUAAAAGAGAUUCACUUAUUCGACUUUACGGGCCUGAUGUACUGCAACAACAUGGUCAUCAUACAUCUCAUGAUGUUAUAUUGGAAGAUGGUAAUAAUAAAAAACAAAUAAUUGUCUUGAAAACGAGAUCAUACAUAUGUAUGUGUGUUUCAUGUGUUCUAGAUGUCGAUCCACCAUUUUCACCACGUGUUGUAACAGUUAAGAAAAAUAAAUCAGUUACAGAUGAAUAUGAACUUAUGGAAAUUCUUGGAAGAGGAAAAUUUGGUGAAGUUAAAAAAUGUCUUGAAAAAUUAACUCAACACUUUUUAGCAGCAAAAUUUAUUCAACUAAAUAAAGAACAAGAUCGUAUUGAAGCAUUAAAUGAAAUUGAAAUAAUGAAAGCUCUUCAGCAUCCACGUCUUCUACAACUUUAUGAUGCUUUUGAAACAAAAGGAAAUAUUUGUCUUAUAAUGGAAUUAAUUAGUGGUGGAGAGCUAUUUGAACGUGUUAUUGAUGAUGAUUUUAUAUUAACUGAACGUCUGUGUGAAUUAUAUAUGAUGCAGAUAUGUGAAGGUGUUAGUUUUAUGCAUUCAUGUAAUAUAGUUCAUCUUGAUAUGAAGCCGGAAAAUAUUUUAUGUGUUAAUCGAGGUGGUCAUCGAAUUAAAAUUAUUGAUUUUGGUCUGGCAAGAAAAUUUGAUCCAAGUAAACAAUUGAAAGUUUUAUUUGGUACACCUGAAUUUGUUGCACCAGAAGUUAUUAACUUUGAUAGAGUUGGAUUUGGUACAGAUAUGUGGUCUGUGGGAGUUAUUUGUUAUGUUUUAUUAUCAGGUUUAAGUCCAUUUAUGGGUGAAAACGAUAAUGAUACAUAUGCUAAUAUAAAUCGAGCUAAUUAUGAUUUUGAUGAUGAAUCAUUUACUGAUAUAUCAAAAGAGGCAAAAGAUUUUAUAUCAAAAUUACUUGUCAGAGAUAAAGAUAAACGUUUUUCAGCAAGACAAUGUCUUGCUCAUCCAUGGUUAACUCGUCGACCAAAAUUAGUAGCUGCUCCAAGCGAUGAAGAAAUAGCCGAAAAGAAAUUAUCUACCAAAAAAUUACGUAGAUUUGUUAUAAGACGACGUUGGCAGAAAGCGGUUAAUGCUUUAUUAGCAUUGCAACGUAUGGGAAUGACGUUGUGA